UACAACCACCUCUUUGUCUGACGGCUUAUGGAGAGAUUUAGCAAGCCUAAGAAAACGUCUCUCCAAAUCUGUGCCAGCGGAUUCCCUGCUCCCCUAUUAAUGUGACGAUCAUCCUCGGACGAAGCCAAUAUCAAAUCUCCACCACCCUCUUCGUUGCCUCGCUGCUGCGAUACCCUCUUCGUGCAAGGUCUCUUAUUAGCAUACCACUCCAACUGAACUAGGAUGGCUCCGAAAGCAGUAUUCCCCACCAUUUUCGUUCUCUUCCUCACCAUCGCCAUCCUUUUCCUCCCUCAUGCAUUGGCGACCACCGGUAAACCUAACAAAGAAGAACCACAAAGGAAAGAAUCAAGUGCCAAUGAAGAUCGACGUGGACAACAGUCACGCGUCAAUGAAAUGAGCUCAUCUGCUCGUGCUGCAGGUGGAAGUAUCGCACAUCGUCCAGUGCCUCCGUUGCUAUAUCCACAAGCCCAAACGACAUCUCAGCCGAUUGUCCGAGGAUCAACCCAGCAUGAUGGCCAACAGUUGCCUUCGUCCAGCUCCAGUGGCAUUCCAUCAGCUUCUGAUACUCCAGCCGGAACAAAAAUAGUAAAACAAGCUCAAGAUGUCAAAGGACAGCAGAAAGCAGGUGGAAAUCUCGCAAAUCAUCCGGUGCCUCCAUUGUAUUAUCCAGACGUUCAAACGCCAUCUCAGCCGAGUGUCGGAGCAGCAUCUGAUGUUCGUACAGCAGUAUCUACAACUCCGUCCAGCUCCAGUCGCAAUCGAUCAGCUUCUGAUACUCCAGCCGGAACAAAUAAUUAG